GACUUUGUGACUAUCAUGUCCACCUUCGAUGGGAUUGUCCAAGAGUUUCCCUAUAUACAAAUUGACUACUUUCGCAAGAGCCUAGAAAGACCCCCUCCGCUGGUCUGCUUCCUGAGCCAUGUGCACAGUGACCAUCUGCAGGGACUCGAGUCCUUUCGGGCUCCCUUCAUCUACUGUUCAGCAGCAACACGAGAGCUUCUUUUGCGCAUCGAAAAGUAUCCUCAUCGGAUGAACUUCAGUAAAGGCAUCCUAGAAUCGCGCAGACUGCACUAUAAGCACCUGUCAAAGCUUCUGCGACCAAUUCCACUGAACACGCCGACGGAGAUCGACCUGACCCCGCGGCUGUCCAUCAGGACCACUCUCAUUGAUGCAAACCAUUGCACUGGAGCGGUGAUGUUUCUGCUCGAGGGCGAUGGGAAAGCCGUCCUCUAUACUGGCGAUAUACGAGCUGAGCCCUGGUGGGUCAACAGCAUCAUCAGGAAUCCGGUCUUGAUUCCCUACACUCUCGGGAGCAAGCAGCUCGAUAAGAUGUACCUCGACAACACUUUCGCCCGUCCAUCCCGUAUCUGCCGUGUGUUUCCAACCAAAGCAGAAGGCAUCGCGGAGUUGCUGCGCAAGGUCGAAACGUAUCCCGAUAACACCACGUUCUACUUCCGAGCAUGGACGAUGGGGUACGAAGAAGUCUGGAUGGCCCUUUCUGCUGCGCUCAGAUCAAAGGUCCAUGUUGAUCGAUAUCAGAUGGACCUUUAUAGGUCGCUCAUUUCCUCACGAACAGAAGGCAGCAUCAAUGAGGCACCCUCGCUUUGUGGCUUCGAAUUGGGAAAUCGAUUCGUUCCCGGCUGCCUCAGCGAAGACGAGCGAGCGCGAAUACACAGCUGUGAGCCCGGUGUACAAUGCUCUGCAGCGAAGUCCAAGGGUACCAUAUACAUUAUGCCGGUUGUUAACCGAACCAAGGACGGCGCAGAGAUGCCCGAGUUGGGAGCAGGUGGUGGAGGAGGCGAUCUAUAUCAAAUCCAUGAGCUCGAACUUCCUGACAAGUCUGCCCUGGAACAGCUAGAAAAGCUGUGCCUCGAGCGCAUCCAUGACACCCGGGCACUAUCUCAGACCAGACAGGCUCUCAUCGAGGCCUUUGAGUCGAAAAGAAAAGUGCUAUCACUGGACAGCUUCGGGAUGAAGGAUGCAGAUGAGAUACCGUUGGAGAAGCUUGUGAAGAUCCUGGGUCGUGGCCGGUCAGAGGAAGAACAAUGGGCGGGUCGCCUUAACAAACUCCCCAGCACGGACAGACAGCCACUCCCCAGAGUCAUCCGUUUCCCUUACUCUCGUCACUCCUCGUACUCGGAAUUGUGCGAUCUCGUCGCCGCAUUCAAACCCAAAGACAUCCACCCUUGUACCGUCGACCCAGUGACCUGGACCGAAGACAUCUCCAUGCAAAACCUCUUCGGCCAUCUCUGCUCAGGUACCGACUUCGCCCACGACCAGAUAAUCCGAGACAUGACCACCACCAACGAGGAGCUCCUUCACCGCAGGAAACGAUUUAGACAUGAGGCCCCGUCCACCACUCCACAAUCAAGCCAACAGUCCUCAUCCAGCAUGCUGCCUUGUCCAGCACCAGCUCCAGUACCUCCACCUCCACCACCUCCACCAUACAAAACCCUCGCACCACCGCAAACAAUCCCCACUACAUCGCCAUCCCCAAACACAAUCCUCACCCCAACCCACGCAACAGCACAAGCCCACCGCAACGCAAUCUGCGAAGCAUGGACCUUCCUCCGCGACCAACCGACCUCGCAGCGCGAAGCGCACUACCACCUGGGCUCGCUCCCGUCGUCGUGGCCGACAAACGAGCAGAACUCGCUGCACAGCCUGUCGUCAGAGGUGGAGAUCGAACACGGAGACCGACAAGAAGACGAAGCAGGAAACCAGCAGCAAAGCACAGCAGUCUACUCACCCAGCCAUCGCAAUACCACCACCAUCAACCCAACCCAAUCCUCAUCCCUCACCUCCAAAGACCAACCAACCCCCCACCUGAACCCCAACCCUACCGCAACCGCAACCGCAACCGCAAGCGAAUCAGAAUCCGACUCCGACUCCGACCUCCUCAUCGCCGAAACCCUCUCGCAAACCGACAGCCACGAUGAAGAUGAACCCGAAAAGCCCCAGCAACAAGCCCGAAAACGCCCCGGCACAGCAGCUGCAUCCCGCCGAACGCGCCGGAAAGACGCGUACCUGGCUGCGCGGGCGGGGAGCUACGAGGCGUGGGCGGCGGUGUCGUUGAUGUCGACGGGGAAUAAUCAUACUGAGGAGGAGGUGGAGCUUUGA